AUGGCCGUGUCCGGGCCCGGCUGGCUCGAGACCUACGUGCCCGACGGCCGGCCGGGGGCCCGCGACGUGUCGCCCGACGACUGGUACUGGUUCCGCCAGUACGUCGUCGCGUUCUACUGGGCGUUCACGACGAUGACGUCCGUGGGCUACGGCGACGUCACGCCCGAGUCCGACGCCGAGCGCAUCUACGCCAUCUUCGCCAUGAUGAUCGGCGUCGCCUUCUACUCCUACAUCAUCGCGACCGUCGCGUCGAUGGUC